AUGGGAUUCUCUCCCAUUUCGCGUCUCUUCCUGACCAUCGCCAGGCCCCGCGUCGUCCGCAUACCCUGGAGACCAACAUUCUACCAGCUUCAGAACCGACUAAACACCACACUCGCUCCAAUCCCAACUCACACGCCAACUUCACCACCAAUUGUUCUCCGCGACUACCAGGAAGAAUGCAUCCAGGCUGUGCUGGACCAUAUCGCCCAAGGCCACCAACGCCUAGGCAUAUCGCUCGCCACAGGCGCCGGUAAAACGGUCAUCUUCACGCAACUCAUCGGACGUAUCCCACCUCGCAAUGGAUUCGCGGACAAGACUCUGAUCGUCGUCCACCGUCGCGAGCUCGUCGACCAAGCCGCGCAACACUGUCGUCGCGCCUAUCCGGACCGCACCGUCGCCAUCGAAAUGGGGAACAGCAAGGCCGACGCCUCAGCUGAUAUCGUCAUCGCCUCUAUCCGCAGUCUCACCUCCAAGGACCGCAUCGCCCGCUUCGAUCCCUCACGUUACAAGCUUAUCCUCGUCGACGAGGCGCACCAUAUCGUCGCGCCCUCCUACCGCACCAUGUUGGAGUACUUCGGACUGGAUGACAAGGAGAAACGCCAACGCCAACUCAAGCGCGCCGACGAGCAGAUGCAGCAACAGUCGGAACUGGAUUCAGAACAGGACGUGAACCAGGAGCCGGCAGAAGAACCGGAGGAGCAGCCGAAAGACCGCCCGGUCCUCGUUGGCGUCUCUGCGACCUUCUCCCGCGCCGACGGCCUCCAACUCGGCGCCGCGAUCGACCACAUCGUCUACCACAAAGACUACAUGGACAUGAUCGACGACAAAUGGCUCGCGAACGCCGUCUUCACCACCGUUCGCUCCGAAGCCGACCUGUCGCGCGUUCGCAAAGACCGCUUCGGCGACUUCGCCCUGGGCUCGCUCUCCCGCGCCGUCAACACCCCGCACAGCAACGAGAUCACCGUCCGCGCCUGGCUGGCCAACGCGCACGAUGACGACAAUACCCUCCGCCGCAAGUCCACCCUCGUCUUCUGCGUCGACGUCGACCACACCCGCAAACUGACCGAGGCGUUCCGCGACGCCGGCAUCGACGCUCGCUACAUCACCGCCAAGACGCCGCGCGACGUCCGCGCCGCCCAGCUGCACGCCUUCCGCGCCCACCAGUUCCCCGUCCUCCUGAACUGCGGCCUCUUCACCGAGGGCACCGACAUCCCCAACAUCGACUGCGUGCUGCUCGCCCGCCCCACCCGCUCGCGCAACCUGCUCAUCCAGAUGAUCGGCCGCGGCCUGCGCCUGCACCCCGGUAAGAAGGACUGCCACAUCAUCGACAUGGUCGCCACCCUCGACACCGGCGUGCUGUCCACCCCGACGCUCUUCGGCCUGCAUCCAGACGAGGUCCUCACCAACGCCAGCGGAGACGCCCUGCGCGCGCGACAGGAAGCAAACGACCAGCAGCGCCAGCUCGACACCCCCGCCGACGACCCGCCACUCGCCCCAGACGACCUCGACGGCAUCAACCUCACCUUCACCAAAUACGACACCAUCUACGACCUCCUCCACGACCUCAAGUCCGAGAAACAUAUCCGCUCCCUCAGCCGCCACGCCUGGGUCCGCGUCGGCUCAGACAAAUACGUCCUCUCCGACGCCACCGGCUGGCUCACCAUCGAGAAAGCCGACAGCCCCGACCAGCCGCCGGACGCGACCGCCCCCGCCCCGGCCUGGUCCGUCCGCCACGUCACGAAAUUCAAGUGUCCCACCACCGAGGCCGUCAAGUACACGCGCGCGCGCUCCAUCGCGACAACCCCGGACUUCGAGGCCGCCGUCCACGCCGCGGACACCUUCGCCGCCGCCAAGUUCGACAACCGCUACGUCGUCGCCGACCAGUCCUGGCGCCACCAACCAGCCUCCAGAUCGCAGGUCGCCUUCCUCAACCAGCAGAAGCUGCGGAAGCAGUGGAUCCGCUUCGACCAGUUGACCCGGGGCCAGGCCGCCGAUAUGAUCACCAAGUUGAUCUUUGGCGGGAAGAAGCGGUUCGAGGCGAUGAAGGCCCGGCGCAUGCGGGACGAGAAGGCGCGCGCGGCGGGGAGUAUGGCCAAGCGGGAUGUGAAGGUUGGGCCGGUGAGUUGGUAG